AUGUCGGGGCUGGAAGGACCCACCUCUGCCAAGGCGGAUGUGUAUUCACUAGCAGCAUACGACGCCCUGCUGCUGGUGGCUCAGGCAGUGCACAACGUGCUCUCAGGCGACGCCACCGACAGCGCUGACUCUCAGAACUCCCUGGUCGAACCCGUGCCUCCCUCUCAAGGCCCAGGGGCUUAUAACGAGGAUGGGGCCAACAGUGGGAGUUUCCCAGGGGAUGGGAGUGGUGGUGUUGCUCGUGCUGCUGGUGCCGAGGGGAACAGUAGCAGUAGCGACGGGAGCAGCGGUGGCGCUGCAGCAGGUUCUGUCCUCGUUAGUAACAGUUCCGCUGCUGUCCAGGAGCCUGGCACGUGGACUCAUGUGCCCAUGCCUGUGGUGGCGCCUGUCGAUCCUGCCAGCUCGCUAAUCCCGAUUCUGUCUGGCGCAGCUCGGAGCAAUUUUGGGCCGCUGCUGCGGGAUGCGCUGCUCCAGGCGUCUGUGAUGGGCGCCACCGGCAGGGUGCGACUCACCCCUGAGGGGGAUGUGAAGGACGGGUCAGUGCAGCUGCUGAAUGUGCGGGGCAGCGAGUUUGUCACUGCGGGGUACUGGCGCCUGGGGAAGGGCUUCACCACCUCGGAUGACCCACUAGCUCCGGCAGUGCAAGCCAAUAGCUCUUACACACUCAACCUGCUGUUCCCAGGCAAUCUUGAAAAGGCUCCCUCAGGGUGGCUUGCUCGUCAACAGGACCCGUUGCGGAUAGCCGUGCCGAACAAGAAAGGCUACAACCAGUUUGUCGAGAUCCUGCCGCCCACCGCCGCCCAGGGAAACGACCGCUUCACGGGGUUUUGUCUGGAUCUGUUCCAGGCGGCAGUGGCGCGGCUGCCUUACGAGCUCUCAUACGAGUUUAUGCAGUUUGGGGAGGGUGAUGCCACUCCGAGCUACACUGAGAUGGUGUAUGCUGUGGCCAACCAUACGUACGAUGGAGCCAUUGGCGACAUUGCUGUGCUCAAUUUCCGCAGCGAAGCCGUCGAUUUCACAGCCCCUAUCCAACAAUCAGGGCUGAGCCUGGUGUCCUACGUGGCACCAAACGACAACCCCUGGAUCUCCUACCGCCCCUUCUCCUGGCAAAUGUGGCUGCUGCUCGCCUGCCUCAUCGUGUUCACCGGCCUUGUGCUCUGCUUCCUGGAAAGUUCCCAUCCCGCGCACCUGCUGCGGCGGGAGUAUGACCGGCCGCACCAAGAAGCCAUGUCGUACAUAUGGAUGUCCUUUGCGCCAGUUGGAUUCGCCAAAGUGAGGGGCAUAGUCAAGACGUCUCUCGGUCGGAUACUUACAGUGACGUGGUUUGCGCUCAUGAUUGUCGUCUCCUGCUCCUACGUUGCCGCCCUCACUGCUGCUCUCGUUCUCCAGAAGCUGCAGCUCCCAAUAUCCAGCAUAUACGAUGUGGCAGGGUCCGAGGUGAUGGUGGGCUAUCAGUACGGCUCCUUUGUCUACGGCUAUCUCGUGCAGCUUGGGUUUUCUCCGUCCCGGCUAGUGCCGUUGAACAGUGAGCAGGACUACUAUGAGGCGCUCACUUCUCAGCGCGUGGCCCUGAUAGUGGACGAGGACCCCUACCUGAACGUCUUUGCCUCGCAGUACUGCCAAGUGCUGCGCGCCUCCCAGGCCUUCAACGUCCUCAACUCCGCCUUUGCAUUCCAAAAGGGCUCUCUCUUUGGCGCGGACAUCUCUCAGGCGCUGCUGGAGCUGGCACAGAAUGGGGAGCUGCAGCGCAUUCGCAGCAUGUACAUCAAGAACACGUCCAACUGCGACAACGCAGCGUCGGUGAUGGUGGAGAAGGUGCAGAUCUCAGCCACCACCAUGGCAGGCCUCAUGAUCGUCUACGGCGCCUUCUCCCUGCUGUGCUGCGCGGCUUAUAUCGCCAUCAUCUUACACCGAGGACACCGCGCCCACAGAGAGCUGAAGCCUGAUGCUGCUUACAGGGAGAUGGGGGCGACGGGCGAGUUCACUCCCCCAACUGAGCCUGGUGGAUGUGAUGUGGGGGGUGAGGGCCCCUGGCGGGACAAUCCCGAGGGGGCAGUGAGGUUCGAUCGAAUGGCAUUGGAUGGUGGGGAGGAGGUGACUGGAAGGUCAACUUUUGAGGAUCUAGAAAGGCUAGUGGAGUUGAGUCGGAGGGUGAUGGGUGGUGAUGCACGGGAAGCAGAUGUUGAGGAAACGGAGAGUGUGUUUCAGGAUGCACUCACCUCCUCCUCUGCAGUGGCUACUGCAGCAGCAACAGGGUUAUACACGGUGCCGUUUCCGCCUGAUCUGCCGACCAGUUUUGAGACGUCUCAAAAAUCCUCAACAGCACCUGGUACUGCAGCAGCGGCAGGGAUAUACACAGUGCCGUUUCCACCUGAUCUGCCGACCAGCAUCUCACCUCGAAACCACGAGCAGCGGCUUGCAGGUUUGAGCUUAUCUGGGGAAGGUUUAAUCAGGGAAGGUUGGUUAGCAGGAGGAGCAGUAGCUGGAGCAGCAGGAGGAGGAGGAGGAGCAGGAGGCAGGGGAGCAGCAGAAGCAGGAGCAGCAACAAACAGAGGAGGAGCGGCAGCAGGGGCAGCAGCAGCGGCAGCAGGAGCAGGAGCAGCGACAGAAAGAGGAGGACGAGCAGCAGCAGGAGGGGUGGCUGGUUCUGCUGCAUCCCCUGUUCCACUGCUCGAGGCAAUUCGAGCGAAAAUGGCAAACUGGAAGGAGAAGUUCCAGCUGGGAGAGGAAUGGAGCCGGGCUAUACUCGCAAAUAACCCAGCUGACGCUGUGAGAUUCCAACAACGCCAGAGCCACAACGGAAGGGUUUUGAGAUAUAGCCAAUCGGUGAUGAGCACGUCAGCAGCUGCGGCUGCAGUGGCAGCAUCAUCGUCUGGUGCUUCUUCCAGUGCUCGUGGCAUUGCCAGUGGCAACGCUGGUUCAACUCCUACCAGUGUUGCUGCUGCAGCUGCUGCUGCUGUUGCUGCAGCUGACGCUGCCGCUGCUGCUGCUGCUGUUGCUACUGGAGCUAGUGCUGCUGUUGAUCACAAUGCAUCAGCAUCACAUGAAAUCAGACAUCAGUUCGAGAGACCUCCCACCCUCCACACCCACUCUCUCUUUCCAGAAGCCUUCUCUCCUCGCUCUCCACACCCCUUCAGCAAGAGCAGGACUUUCAAGUGCAACCCUGCUGCUUUCGACCUAACCAGCACAAGCCCAUCCAGUCAUCAACCGCCUCAGUACUACCACCGCCCGUCAGCCCUCAUUGCAACAAACCCCCGUUACAGCCUUCGUUACAACCCCACUCUACAAUCCCCCACGACACGCCCAUUCUCCAAGAGCAAAACCUUCAAGUAUACCAACAGCAGCCUCACCAGCCCUUCCAGCCGAACCCAGUCCAAACCUCCUCCCAGAAAGCACCUGUCUAGCGGGAACCUGUCCGGUCUGCCUCUGCAGCAGGGCACAGACCUGCCCAGUCGAGCCCUCCACCAGGUUCCGCCUGGAAGGGGUCUGUCUCGGCACCUGUCAAUGAACCCUAGGACCGGUGCAGGUGGGAUGGAUGCGCUUACCAGGUAUGGAGGUGCAGGUUCGGCAGGUGUGGUGAUCAGGGAUGGACGAUCAGGGAAUGUGCUGGUCAGAGAUGCAAGAUCGGCAGAUGUGCUUACAGCAGCAGCUCUAUGCUCCACAGACAAAGGCAAAGGCCCGGCUUUGGAGGAGGGGUCCCAAUCGCCAAGGCCCAGCUUGCCUUCGCGUGCUGCAGAAACCCUGAGGGUUGCAACUGCGGCACAAGCACAGAGAGCGGUGGCUGGGGCAGGAGAACAACAGAGGGAUGCGGUUGGGGCAGAUACUGAAAACUUUGUAGGUGGGGCAGAUCCGCAGGCAUCUUCCUCUGGAGAAGACUCACAAGCAGCGGUUUUCGGGCAGGAUCCACAGGCAGCAAUCUCUAGGGCAGAUUUGCAAGCAUUUGCUGGUGGUGCUUAUAGCGAGGCAGGGCCUGGUUUUACCAGUGAGGGUGCUUAUAACGAGGGAGGGGGCGGGGCUUAUAGAGGGACCCCAUCCCCUGGAGCGUCCAGGAGGGGACAGCUGUCAAGGCAGACUCUGCGGGGGCAUGGAAUGAGCAGCUUCAAUGACAGCAUGUUUGCUGGUGGUGGUGGCAAUGCUUGGGAGAGUCGUUUUGCUGGUAGCAGCUCUGUGGAGAGUAGGUUUCCUGGUAAUAGCAGCUUCAGUGAAAGCAUGCUUGAUGGGAGUGUGCGAGAGGAGGAGGAAGGAGAGGAGGAGGAAGAGGAGGAAGAGGAGGAUAAGGAGGGAGAGGAGGGAGAGGAGAGGGUGGGAGAUGGUGGACGUCAGUUGGGGAGUGGUGGGCAUUAUUUGGGCAGUAGUGGGAGGAGUGUGUCGGUGACAGAGGCUACAGGAUCAAGCAGCCUCCUCCCCUGCGGCACACGUGCCUUCAGCUUCAGCCGAACGUCUACUGCUACCAGUCUCUCGCUUACACCGACCAGGAAUGUUGCUGCCGCUGCGGCUACUACCCGCGCGCUUGCUGCUUUUAACGCUUUCAGCUCUGGGGGGCUGGGAGGUGUUGGUGGUGGCGCAGGUGGUGCAGGAGGUGAGGUGGCCAGAAGCAUUGGUGUUUCUGGGACUGUUGAGGUGUUCCCGUUUAGUCGAGCAGACAUGGCCCAGGCCGUUAGUGCCGCUUGUUCCGUCUCCAUAGGCUCCACCACAGGGCCUCCGGCUGCUGACUCCGGCGAGAAGAAAUCUCGGAAGAGGAGGCCCGGCCGUGGUUCUCGAAUCAUCGGAACCGGCUCAGCUGUGCCAGAGAAGAUCGUGACCAAUGAUUUCCUCGCAACCCUGAUGGAAACGUCUGACGAAUGGAUCGCCACCCGUACCGGCAUUCGGAACCGCCAUGUCCUUUCGGAGAACGAGUCGAUGACCGGCCUGGCCACAGAGGCUUCGCGGAAGGCUCUGGAGAUGGCUGGCGUGGACCCUUCUGACGUAGACCUGAUCAUCUUCUGCACGUCAACCCCCGACGACAUUUUCGGCGGUGGUUGCCUGGUUCAACGGGACCUGGGCUGCAAACGAGCUGUGGCUUUCGACCUCACUGCAGCUUGCAGUGGCUUUGUCCUCGGCCUUGUCACCGCCUCCCGGUUCAUCCAAGGAGGCGGGUACGAGCGGGUGUUGGUGGUUGGGGCGGAUGGGCUGUCCCGAUACGUGGACUGGUCGGACAGGGGCACGUGCAUCCUGUUUGGCGAUGGCUGUGGGGCCGUGUUGGUGCAGGCUGCAGGCGAGGGGGAGAGUGACGGCAUGCUGGGCUUCGACAUGCACAGCGAUGGCAUCGGCUCCAGGCACCUGCACGCGUGCUUCAGUGUGACACCGGCGCCAGAAGAGAGCGGGUCUAUUGCAGGGAGGGCGGUGGCGACCCCCAUUGUGAUGAACGGCAAGGAGGUCUACAAGUUCGCUGUCACCUCCGUGCCCCAGGUCCUACAAGCAGCACUUCAGGAGGCAGAACUCUCAACGGACGACAUUGACUGGCUUCUGCUGCAUCAGGCCAAUCAACGGAUAAUGGAUGCUGUGGCAACUAAAAUGGGCAUUCCUCACGAGAAGGUGAUUUCAAACGUAGCCAGUUACGGCAAUACGAGCGCAGCAUCCAUCCCCAUUGCUCUUGACGAAGCUGUGCGCAGUGGUAAAGUGAAGGCCGGAGAUAUUAUUGCAACGGCCGGUUUUGGUGCUGGCCUUACAUGGGCGUCCGCAAUCGUGCGAUAUGGAUAG